GGUUGUGACUGGUGCUAAAAGUUGAGGAUAAAGACGAGAUAGAGAGAGACGACUGAUUGGAGUACUGUGCAGAUGCAGUAGAAACACUCCCGCGCAGGCCAGCUAAGAGUUUUAAAAGGCAAGAAGCUUUUUCAGCGGGAGUCUUUGAUUGGAGUGCUGUGCAGAGGCAGUAGAAGUGUUCCCAUGCUAGUCCGGUGAAGAGCUUUACAAACCCAGUCCCCAUAAAGGAGCGGUUCCAUCUAGUGUAGCGGUCACCAUGAGAGUGAUCUGAGUCAGAGUGGUAAGGCUUUGUUUCAACACAGCUUCAGCAAGAACAGGCAGAGGCAAGGUAAGUAGUGUCCGGAGCAGAGGUAGCCUGACAACCAGCAAGAUGAUGGAACAACAGAUGAUCUACAACCCAGUAGGACCCAGAAGACCCGCCCGAUUAGACCGGUAGCAGACUAUCCCCUUCAGAGAAAGUAUACCUGGUGGACUUCAAGAUGGGAAGCUGAUUAUAAUUCAAGGACAGGUGCCAGAUAAUGUACAGAGGUUUGGAGUGGAUUUCAUGUGCGGCUCCUGCGACAUUGCCUUUCACUUCAACGUGCGCUACGAUGAAUCUGCUGUGAUCUGCAAUAUGGUGGAGCAUGAUUGCUGGGGAUCUGAAGAGAGGAAAGAGCAUAUUCCCAUCAAAGCCGGGACGUUCUUUGAGCUGAUCUUUAAAGCACAGUACUAUGGUUUCCAGGUUUCUACGAAUGGACAUCACUUGUUGGAAUACAGCCUCAGGCUGCCCCUGACCAGAGUGGACACUCUGAAGAUUUCGGGAGAUGUUCAUGUGAACACCAUCACUUUUAAGAACCCAAAUGUCACUCCAGCGUAUCCUCCUCCUGCUUAUACCCCAUGUCAGUCUUUUACCGGUACAUGUCCCCCAGUGACUAUACUUAAUCCGGUCGUUCCGUACCAGGCCUAUAUCGGAAGCAUCCGGCCUCAGCAGCUGAUAAAGGUUAUUGGGACUGCGAAUAUUAACUCUCACCGGUUUACUGUGAAUCUGAUGGCGAGUUGUUCUGACAACAUUGCCCUCCACAUCAACCAACGAUUCGAUCAAGACGCGGUAGUGCGAACCUCCAGGAUCGACACGAACUGGGGAGUUGAGGAGAGAGACGUACCAUUCCUCCCCUUUGUACCUGGCCAGACGUUUGAGCUUCAGAUCCACGUUGAACCAACCUGCUACAAAGUCCUGGUGAAUGGAAGGCACCUGUUUAACUACAACCACAGGUUACAGCCCCUGAGCCAGAUCGAUACACUGGAAGUCUCCGGUGAUGUCACCCUUUUUCUUGUGCAGUACUAAUGCUUUGAAGUAACUAAUAUGCUUUAUCUAGAAACCAAUCAGAGCAGCAGAGUGUUCCUAUAUUCAAAUCAAAUCAAAUUUAAUUAUCAUUCAACUACGCAUGGAUACAUCAGAAUGAGACAGCAUUCUUCUGGGGCCAAGCAUAAUCAAAAUAGAGAGAAAAUAACACACAGUCACAAAAGAAACAUGAGUGACAUGUCCCUCAAAUUGAUGGUAUAGUUCCCAACAGUCCAGCCUAUCAUUCCACUGAUUGAACACUGGAGAGCAGCACUAACAUUAGAGGCCAUCCCUCAACCAAAUGCGGAUGCCUCGCUAUACCACCUCCAGAGUCACCUGGCAGGCAAGCCCAUGGCUUCAGGCUUAGUGCUCGCGACAACCGAGCCCAUACUGCGGCCUGGCCAGGUCUGCAGCAUCUUACAGUAGCAAUGACCAACAGGGCUUUGCGAUUGCAAGGGAAAUAUCUAAGACAGUCACUCAUGGUUACUCUGCAUGCCGCCAACUUCGAGUAGUGGGCAGCAACAGGGUCUGCAUCCAGGUCAACUCCUCUGAACCCAAUCUGGCUCCUCCAAUCUGUCGGAUGCCUCCUCCUUCUCUGACCCACCCGCCGACUCCUACAACAUUCUGGCCUGCUACUCUGAACCACAUGCAGCUCACUUAUGGGGUAGGCCUGCUGUAUCCAUAGUUCUUGAAGUCCUGUAUAGUCUUACAGUCAUAAAAUACACAUUUAACAAGGAAAAGCAUACCUUUGGUUGGCCUCCGAGAGGCCACUGCACCACCUCGCAGGAAGUUAAAAAACCAUGAGACAUAGGAUCAGAAUUAGGCCACUCGGCCCAUCGAGUCUGCUCCACCAUUCCAACAUGGCUGAUUUAUCAUUCCUCUCAACUUAUUCUCCUGCCUUCUCCCUGUAAUCUUUAACGCUCUUACUAAUCAAGAACCUAUCAGACUUCACUUUAAAUGUACCCAAAGACUUGGUCCAUUGGGACCAAAAAGGAAAUGUGCCUUUAUUGGCAAGGAAUGAAAAAUGAAAAUCUGGGACCCAUGCCUUGAAAUAAUGACUAGUUAAACAGCUGAAGAACCACAGACAGAUUUGGUCACCUUACAGGAAAUACAUGAAUUCAAGCAUGACAUGGCCUCCGUAGCCGUCUGAGGCAAUGAAGUUUUUACUCCCUGCUUCUCUCAUCUAUUACACAAAAGGAGGCCUUCUUGUUAGGUGCAGUGAAGGUCAAUCUCUCAUUUACAUGAAUCCAUCAACUAAUGACAUUGAUCCCCAUUACCAUGGUUUUGGCUGUGUUUACAGUGUACUAGUGCAGUUUGGUAGGUAGGGAAAUAGGAUGAAACUACCCACACAUUAAUCCUGUGAUGAGACAGAGCAUGGAGUGGUAGCCUUAGGGUUAGCCAUUCCUGAAUUUCCCUCUUUCUUUGAUAAUCUUCCGUCUGAAGAUUAUCCAACCAAAGUAUUUUGGAGAAAAGAGAAGGCUGUGAAUUUCCUCAUCCUAAUCCAGUGAAGAUAGAACAGUAGAUUAAUAUAACAAAGAUAAUCCUCCUGAUCACCGGGUAUUUUCUGGUUCUUGGGACAAGUUAGACAAAUAGUUUUAGCCUUUUGUGCCUUCUCUAUCUCCCCGAGACAUAGUCUACCAACUUUUUACUCCAUUUCAUGGGUGUGAGAACUUUUAUGGGAAGGAACAAUUGUCAUUUGCACACCUUCCAAGGUCCACUCGUGACAAAAUCAUUUUAGUGAGACAGUACACAACCAGAUACUGACACAAUUGCUGAUCCACCCACUCCUUCCCCUCAUCCCUUCAGACUUGUCCACACUAUAUCUGGUCUGUCAAACUAGAUGAAGUGCCUCGACCGGAAAAUGAGCUAGGUGUUUUCCUCCACAGCUGCUGCCUGACCUGCUGUCUAAUAAGAGCAUAAGAUUUAGGAGCAGAAUUAGGCCAUUUGGCCCAUUGAGUCUGCUCCAUCAUUUCAUCAUGGCUGAUCCAAUUUUCCUCUCAGCCCCAAUCUCCUGCCUUCAUGUCUUGACCAAUCAAUAAUCUAUCAAUCUCUGUUUUAAAUAUACACAAAGACUUGGCCUCCACAGCUGCCUGUGGCAACGAAUUCCACAGAUUCACCACUCACUGGCUAAGGAAAUUCCUCCUCACCCCCGUUCUAAAAGGACACUCCUCUAUUUUGAGGCUGUCUUCUGGUCUUAGACUCUCCCACCAUACGAUACAUCCUCUCCACAUCCAUGCUAUCAAGCCUUUCCCCAUUCAAUAGGUUUCUUCUGAAUUCUGGUGAAUAUAGGCACAAAGCCAUCAAAGACACUUCACAUGAUAAACUAUUCAAACCAAGAACUGAUUUUGUGAAAGUCCUUUGAACAUUCAUCAGUUUCAGCACAUCCUUUCUAAGGUGCCCAAAAUCUGCUCACAAUACUUCAAGUGAUACCUUACCAGUGCUUUAUAAAGUCUCAACGUUACAUCCUUGCUUUUAUAUUCUAGUCCUCUUGAAAUGAAUGCUAACAUCGCAUUUGUCUUCUUUGCCACAGACACAAGCUACAAAUUAAUGUUUAGGGAGUCCUGCACAAGGGCUUCAAGUCCCUUUGCACCUCAGUUUUUUGUAUUACCUCUCCAUUUAGAAAAUAGUCUACCCUUUCAUUUCUUCUACCAAAGGGCAUGACCAUACACUUCUAGACACUAUUCCAUCUGCCAUUUUUGUCCAUUCUCCGAAUCUGUCUAUUUCCUUCUGUAGCCUCUCCACUUCCUCAAAACUACAGGCCCCUCCACCUAUUGUCACAUCAUCUGCAAACGUUGCAAGAAAGCUAUUAAUUCUAUCAACCAAAUCAUUGACAUAUAACAUAAAAAGAAUCAGACCCAACACAGGCUCCUAUGGAACAUCACUAGCCACUGGCAGCCAACCAGAUGUGACUCCCUUUAUUCCCACUCUUUGCCUCCUGUCAAUCAACCAUUGCUUUAUCCAUGCUAGAAUUUUUUCUACAAUACCAUGGGUUCGUAACUUGUUAAGCGGCCUCAUGUAUGCGGCCUUGUCAACAGUCUUCUGAAAAUCCAACUACACAACAUUUGUCUGUCCUGGUUAUUAUUUCUUCAAAGAAUUCCAACAGAUUUAUUAGGCUAGAUUUUCUAUUGAGGAAACCAUGUUGACUAUGGCCUAUUUUAUAAUGUACUCCGAAGUACCCAAAACCAACUCUUUAACAACUCCAACAUCUUCUCAAUCACUGAAAUCAGACUAACUGCCCUGUAACUUCCAUUCUUCUGCUCUUCUCCGUUCUUGAAGAGUGGAAUGUCACUGGCAAUUUUCUUGUCUUCUGGAACCAUUCAAGAAUCUAGUGUUCUUGAAAUAUCAUUGCUAAUACUUCCACAAAUUCUUCAGCCACCUCUUUUAAAACCCUGGGGUAUACAUCAUCUGGUCCAGGUGACUUACCCACCUUCAAACCUUUUAGUUUCUCAAAAACCACCUCCCAAGUAAUGGUAUCUUCACACACUUCUGUCCCCUGACAUCUGGAACUUCCACCAUACUGCUAGUGUCUUCCAUAGUGAAGACAAAUUAAAAUACUUAUUCAGUUUAUUUGCCAUUUCCUUACCUACACAUUUACCUGCCAAAUCAUCCUACUCUUACCCUAACUGGUGCGUGGCAAAGGCAGCGAUCCAGAGAUGACUACCUGGAGUCCUGUUUUUCAGCUUUCUACCUAGUUCCCUAAAUCCUCUCUUCAGAACCUCCUCACCUUGACUACCUAUGUCAUUGGUUCCAAUACGUACCAAGAGUUCUGUUUGCUCACUCUUUGCUCUUGAGAAUACCAUAAACUUCAUCUGAGACAUCCCUGAUCCUGGCACCAGGGAGGCAACGUACCAUCUAGGUGCCUCUAUUGUGCUUACAGAAUCUCGUCUCUGUUCCUCUGACUAAGGAAUCUCCUAUCAACACUGCAGACCUCUUCACCUCUGAUCUUCUGAGCCACAGCCCCAGACUCAGUGCCUGAGACCUAGUCACUGUGGCUCCCCCCAGUAGAUCGUUCCCCCUCAAGAGUACCUAAGGUUAUUACUGGGGGGAACGGCCACAGGUGUACUCUGUACUGGCUGUGUAUUCCCCCCCCCCCUCCUGACAGUCAGUCGCCCAGUUACCUGUAUUUCAUUGAGAUUGUUAUGUGGUAUAUAUUACCAGGCUACAGUAGUUUGUUUAUCGUUCCAUUGUCUUCUUACCAUGGGUCUUUAGAACACCUGCCUGUACCAAAGCUUAGGGUUUGAAGGGCAAGUCACUCCUGAUGCACGGUUGAUAAUUUCCUUGCAGCUAAUAGCUGGCCUGCGCCACAUUGGAGUUAUGACUUGUCUUUACAGCUGGUCCCCUCGUGCCCUCUAGUGGGGCUGAGCAGAGCUCCAGUUACUUGCUGGGACGGAGGAGGUAUUCUGCCAGAGGCUGAGAACAUGGAUUCAACCUUUCAGUUGAUGUUUGUGCUGCCAAGCUAAAUCAGAGCAAUGAAUUUGUCCAUAACGUUUCAAUGUGAAUUGAUUACUAAGAAAUUUCUGAAAAAUAAAAUGUUUUAUGUCUUUAUUGCUGAAUGGCUUUUAAACAAAUACAUGAUUGAAAAAAGAAAUCCUGCUGUGUUGUAUUUGUUUUUGUUUGCCAAGUCAAUAAAAUCAGCUCAAGUCA